AGGCGAAGUAGAAAAGAGCAUAGACUUCUUCAGUGAGAACGAAACGAGAGGGGGCGUCAGUGCGAACAAAGUCAUUUUAGGGAGAGGAAUGAGAUGACAUUCGGAAAUUGAACGGAAGUAAAACACUCUGGGUUUGUAUCUUCGUGGUUUUCCGACGUAGACGAUACACCCAAACUUCAAUUACAGCCUCAAAUCAAGUCGUGGAUGUGGGGUGCAUAUUUCACCCUGGGAUUUAGCUACACGAGAAACGUUCCUGCCGUCAACAUUUCUCUCCUCUCUUUAUUUUGUGUCAGGUGGCUGAACUGUGGAAGCUACACAGGACAAUAUCGAUUCCACAGGAUUUGAAACAUUUGUUCUAUACUUUAUACAAAAGUACGAAGAUGUCUGGACAAAGCAUUACGGAUAGGAUAACUGCAGCUCAACACAGUGUAACCGGCUCCGCGGUGUCCAAAACUGUGUGCAAGGCGACCACACAUGAAAUUAUGGGACCAAAAAAGAAACAUUUAGAUUACUUGAUCCACUGCACCAAUGAGAUGAACGUGAACAUCCCCCAGCUGGCAGACACCUUGUUUGAAAGGACUGCCAGCACCAGCUGGGUGGUGGUCUUCAAGUCUCUCACCGCCACACAUCACCUCAUGGUCUACGGCAACGAGAGAUUUAUACAGUACCUGGCUUCAAGGAAUACGCUUUUUAACCUCAGUAACUUUUUGGACAAAAGUGGCCUACAAGGCUAUGACAUGUCGACGUUCAUAAGGAGGUAUAGUCGCUACCUGAACGAGAAGGCUGUAUCGUAUCGACAGGUCGCUUUUCACUUCACCAAAGUAAAACGAGGGGCGGAUGGCGUUAUGAGAACCAUGAACACAGAGAAGUUACUGAAGACCCUACCCAUUAUCCAAAACCAGAUGGAUGCACUACUUGAUUUCAAUGUCAAUGCCAAUGAGCUCACCAACGGAGUGAUAAACGCGGCCUUCAUGCUUCUGUUCAAAGAUGCCAUUCGACUGUUUGCGGCCUACAACGAAGGCAUUAUAAACCUGUUGGAAAAGUACUUUGACAUGAAGAAAACUCAAUGCAAAGAGGGCCUUGACAUCUACAAGAAAUUCCUCACUAGAAUGACAAGAAUCUCUGAAUUCCUUAAAGUAGCGGCGCAAGUAGGGAUAGAUCGAGGGGACAUCCCAGACCUCUCCCAGGCCCCCAGUAGCCUCUUGGAUGCCUUAGAGCAGCAUUUGGCUUCUUUAGAAGGGAAGAAGGUGAAAGAUUCCACAGCAGCCAGCAGGGCUAGCACUCUCUCCAAUGCUGUCUCUUCUCUGGCCAACACGGGCAUAUCUUUCACCAAAGUGGAUGAGAGGGAAAAGCAGGCAGCUCUGGAGGAAGAGCAGGCUCGCCUUAAAGCGCUGAAGGAGCAGCGUCAGAAGGAACUCCAGAACGGUCAUUCUUCCUAUGCCACCACGGCUGCCUCCCCUGUGUCCACUGACGGGCGGACCAUCAACACAGCACCGGCCAUCGACCUUUUCUCCACACCCAGCUCCACAAACGGCACUUCCAAGGCGGCGAGUGACCUUCUGGACUUGCAGCCUGCAUUUCAGCAGCAGGCACUGCUACUCUCCACUGGCCUACCAACAGCCAACACAUGGGGAGAUCAUUACAAUCCCUUUAUUGUUUCGAGCUCUUCCAUUGCAUCUGAUCAUGAGCACCCAGUGCGGAGAGAGCAGUUUAUCUCAGACUCUUUCUGUGGGCCAGCAUCAUACCCUACCACUCCUCUCUUCCAGUCUGAGCCCUCUGCUGUAGCUGGUCUAUUUGGAGGAUUCUCAGUGUCUUCCACCACGCAGCCCCAGACCGCCAGAGGCCUUAACGUCAACUUUGACUCUGUGUUUGGCAAUAACUCCGCCUCCGCCAACAAUGUUGACUCUGUGUUUGGCAAUAACUCCGCCUCCGCCAACAAUGUUGACUCUGUGUUUGGCAAUAACUCCGCCUCCGCCAACAAUGUUGACUCUGUGUUUGGCAAUAACUCCGCCUCCGCCAACAAUGUUGACUCUGUGUUUGGCAAUAACUCCGCCUCCGCCAACAAUGUUGACUCUGUGUUUGGCAAUAACUCCGCCUCCGCCAACAAUGUUGACUCUGCUGUGGCCUCCAUGCCCAGCCAGGGGCUAAUCCCAAACGGGCAGCAGCUUGGGAAACUGGUGUCGGAUGACCUGGACUCGUCCUUGGCCAACCUUGUGGGCAAUUUGGGGAUUGGCAAUGGUGUGGCAAAAAAUGAUAUUCAUUGGAGUCAGCCUGGUGAGAAGAAGUUGACAGGUGGAUACAAUUGGCAACCAAAGAGUGCUCCCUCUACCACAUGGAACCCUGCCACCAUGAACGGCAUGCAUUUCCCACAAUACGCACCAUCUGUCAUGGCCUUCCCUGCAACGACGCCGACGGGAAUGAUGGCAUAUGGAAUGCCUCCCCAGAUGGGUUCCAUGGCCAUGAUAAACCAACCCACCAUGAUGUACAGCCAACCAGUUGUGAGGCCGGCCAACCCCUUUGGCCCGGCCCCAGGAGCACAGUCCUCGGCAGCUUCUAGUCCCUCCAGUCAGAGUCCUCUCAGAGCGCCAGGAAAGGACCCCUUUGCACAGCUCUCUCUCAAGGAUUUCUUGUAGAACAUCUUUAGAUGCAGUUCAUGUAACCUGAAAGGUAGGCUUUUGUCCUCUGAAGGCAAACCAAGAAGCAGCUAAACUUUCACUUUCAAGUAAAAUUCUGUUUUUACUCAUCGUUGAGAAUAUCAGCCCAAAUAAGAAAGGACUUGAAGGAAUCAAGGGGAGGAAGCCAUGUCCAAGACGUGUCAAGUAUACGUAGGACAAGGAUCCCAUUUUGUCAUUUGUCUUAUGAGAAAAAGUGUGACCCCUCUACAGGGAUCACUCAUCCCAUUUGUCUUCUGUAAAAGAUAAACAUGGGUGUGGAAAGGGAGAUAAUUUGACUGCUGUUAUGUAUAAAAAUACUGGGUUAUCACACACAGCUUGAUGUUCUUGGGGUGAGGACAUGGGUUCAAGUGGGACGAGUGGAAGAAUUGCUUGAUCUGAUCAUCAAUCGUGCAUUAUCUAAUUUAACCAUCACUGAUUAGUAACGCUAACCUGUUUUUAUACCAUGAUUUCAAUAUUUUUUUCUUUCAAAAAAGUUUUAUUACAUUUGCAGUAGACAUUCCUUGUGUAUUGUUAGUAUUUAUUUAUAAUUACCCAUGGAGGAAAUGGGGUGGGUGGGGGGGAUAAUAAUAAUGUCAUUGAAAUCUUCCUUGUGGAAGAUAUUCAGGUUUAUACAUGGUUAUGAUUGAUUGUAUGAUUGGAGUUUUAGAGUGACAGAGUAAAAAAUAGUUAAUAUAAAGAUGAAAGAAUGUAACUGACUGUCAACAGACAGUUUAGCUCUAAUCACUGAACUGGCAUAAUGUCAAGCACAGUUCUUUGUGGCUCAAAGUUACGACCCUCCAUGUGUAAGGGGUGAUAUGGACGUCAAACAAGGGUAUUCAUUCAAUACAGUCAAUUCUGUGAGCUAGGGUCUUUUUUUCUUUUUUUUGCAAGGGAACAUUUUCAUGCACUAGCAAAGCACUACAUUUGUGAUUCGGCGGCAUUGCAUUGAGAUGGAUCCGCACUUAUGCUUUAUGCUUGGCAUGUCGUUUAUUUUACAAGGCUGCCUUUCCAACCUGAAUGUGCAGUGUGUCCUUCAGGCUCGGGGCCAUCUUUACAUAGACCAGCACUGGGAUUGGGGGAAAGAGGGAGGUGAUCUUCACAGGAGGCAGGGAGAAAAGCUGUGAUUGUGUCACUGGAAGUUCAGCUCUGUGUAAGUGGCAGACCUGGGUUUAACUACUAUUGGACAUCUUUUAAAUACUUUGUUUGCUUUAGCCUGUCUAGAGUGCCAGAUAUGAUGUGUUAGCAGUUUUGGGGACGAUUCAAUUGGUCCAUUAAGCCAGACGAGCUCAAUCAAGCACAGAAAGUGUGAAAUUAGUAUUUGAUCCCAUAUUUGGUAAGUGGGCAGAAGGGUCCAGUUAAGCAGGGAGAAAUGGAACACUGUUGAUCGGUGCUUUGUGUGUGUGUAUAUAGAAGAGAGCCUAUCCCAUGAUGGAAAGGAUAUGUGCAGGAUGGUCAGAACCUGAAGGUUAUUCUAUUCAUCAAAUAUUUACUGCAUUGUCCCUGCAGAGUAUAUUUUUGUUUAUAUUAAAUAUAAAUAAAUUGAUGUAUGCAGACUUUUGGUUGAUUUUCCAAUAAAGUGCAUUUUCCAGUGGGUUUUAUUU